GCUCCUUGGCGCAGAUGAGGAUGGAGAAAAGGUCUCGGAGCUCUUCCAGGGAGUCUCACAGAAGGCGCAGAGAGUCCCCAGCUGCACAGAGCAAACGACAGAAGAGAGAGAGCAGCAGAGAAGCUGCCAAAGGAAAGGGAGAUGUAAAGCAGGAGAAAGCCAAGGAGACCAAGAGCACCGCGGGGAGCGAUGGUAGGGUGCACACCUCCACGGUGGUGGACGUGGAUGAUGUGGUGUCUGAUGAAGAAAUGGAUGCAAUGGCAUUGCUGGAUAGUGAGCAGCAAGAGGAAGGUGUAAAGUCUCCUGGUCUGGGUGUCUGUGAGUGGCUUUUGACCAUCUUGUCUUUCCUGUUCAUCAUAAUGACCUUCCCCAUUUCUGUCUGGUUCUGCAUGAAGGUAGUGCGGGAGUAUGAGAGAGCCAUUGUUUUCCGACUGGGGCAUCUCCUUCCUGGCAGAGCCAAAGGACCCGGCCUUUUCUUUUUCCUUCCCUGUUUGGACACCUAUCACAAGAUAGACCUCCGCCUCAAAACCCUAGAGAUCCCUUUCCAUCAGGUGGUGACCAAAGACAUGGUUACUUUGGAGAUAGAUGCUGUCUGCUACUACCGGUUGGAAAAUGCUUCUCUUCUCCUCACCAACCUGACCAGCAUCUCCAGUGCCAUCCAGCUGCUGGUGCAGACCACCACAAAGCGCCUCCUGGCACAUCAAGCCUUCUCUGAGCUUCUGCUGGAGAGGAAGAACAUCAGCCAGGAGAUAAAGGUGGCUUUGGAUGCGGUCACAGGCUGCUGGGGGAUCAAAGUGGAGAGAAUAGAAAUCAACAACGUGCAGCUGCCUGCUGAGCUCCGGCAGUCCCUGGCUGUGGAGGCAGAGGCCCAGAGACAGGCCAAAGUGCGGGUGAUCGCUGCAGAGGGGGAAAAGGCUGCUUCUGAGUCCCUGCGGAUGGCAGCUGAGAUCCUGUCCAGCGCUCCAGCUGCUGCUCAGCUCCGUUAUCUCCAUGCACUGCACUCCCUUACCACAGAGAAGCCUGCUGCUUUCAUCUUGCCCUUGCCUCUGGAUGCCAUGAACCUAGUCUCUCCAGCUACCCACAGCCCUCCAGCUGUGAGCAGCCUCCUCACAGGCACCACAAAGCUCCCAGAAAACCCAAAAGACAAGAAGGACUCACCCAUGCUCUGAGAGAAAUGCUUCCCACAUUGCUCCUGCUCAGAAAGGAGCAAGAAGGCUGGCCCACCAUCAGGUUCUGACCUGGAGGCAGGAGGGAAAGCAGCCCAGGCCUGCAAUAUAAAGUGGAUUGUACACAGAAAAAGCCUUUAUUGUUUUGGAAAGGAAAAAUGUGGAGUGCAAGGAGCAGGCCUGGCAAGUGUGUGAGCAGGGGGCUGAGGGAAGUGGGGUGUCAUCCCUUCUUCUCCACAGAGCCAGACACGUCCUUGACACAUUACAGCUUGGCUCCUGGGGUCUGAUCCAUCUUGCCCCAUCACCUUGGAAGGAAGGACAGAUCCUCCCCAAUGUCCUUACAUGCCCCCCAUCCACAAACCAAAAAGCCAGGCAGGUGGGAGUGGGAGCACAACAAUCCAUGGGGGAACAGCACACAGGCAGAAUGGUGGGUGCUUCCAUCCUGGUGGUCCUGUAAGGAGGGAAAGAGCUGGGUCCUUGUGGUGUCCUGGAUAUGGGAUUUCAGUAACCACCCACAUACAUCCCCACAAGCAAGGCGUUUAGCCCUAGUUCUGAAGUAGAAAGAAAAGGAAGAGGAGGAGAGGGCAGCCUUUAAAGCUUGGUGCUUCUCUGCCGGCCACAUCUGCUGUGCAGAGUAAAGGCUGUGCUGCUGCUCACUUCCACAGGGUGGUGAGGCAGGACAACGCCUGAGCUCCUGGGUACUUAAAAACAUUAAGGUGACCCGUUUAACCAAUGCCCACUGGGCUGAGGAGGGUAAUCAGGCAGCAUGGGCUGAGAGCCUCAGGAACAGGAACACUUUUGCCUGCCUGCAACUGCCUUGGUAAUUUUCACACACUAAAAGAGAGAGUUC